AUGUCAGAAUAUGGAGCAGUACCAUUUGCACUCAUGAUAGUCAUCGUGAUUUACAUUGUCAUUGGAGAAUACUUCAAAUCUAUUCACUUCCAUUUAAUCCAUGAAACAAGUUUUGGCAUAAUCAUCGGGAUGCUUGUAGGUUUACUAUUAAAAUGGAUGGAUGAAAACGCAUAUGCAUAAUUUUUUUCGUUGAAUGCUACAAUCUUUUUCUAUUUGCUUUUACCACUAAUCAUUUUUUCUGGAGGGUACAAUCUCAAAAAGAAAUAAUUUCUUAAGAAUUUCAAAUACAUUGUUUCUUUUGGGUUUCUGAGCACAUUAAUUAACUUUAUAAUCACAUUGACUUUGACUAUAGCAUUUAAUUCCUGGAGUAAGAAUUUGCGAAUUAUUAAUAUAGAAUUGGUCAGAUUAGGCACAAAUUUAGAUUCCCAUCUUCCUUUAAGUUAUGAUGAGAUGAUCAAAUAUAGUGCAACUAUAUGUGCAACAGAUUCAGUGGCUGCUCUCAAUUUAAUUCCAUCUCAAUAAUAUCCGAAAUUAUUUAGUGUUGUUUUUGGAGAAGGAAUGGUUAAUGACGCAGUUUCUAUCAUUAUCUUUUAAGCAGUAACCAUAUUGUAAUAAAGUGGUAAAUCAUUUGAAUGGUACACCCCUUUUGAAUUCAUUGGGCGAUUCUUAGAAAACUGUAUAAUUUCAUUAUUGAUUGGUCUUUUCGUCGGAUUGUUUUCCACUUGGUGUUUUAAGAAAUGCAGAUUUUUGACAAACUCUACCACUACAGAAACAGUGUUUGCAUUUUUAAUGGCCUACAUGGGUUAUUCAAUUUGUGAGAUGCUCAAUCUAAGUGGAGUGAUUAGUCUGCUGAUGAUAGGAAUCAUGAUGAGUCAUUAUUAAGGAUAUAAUAUUAGUUAGUUGGGUAGAGUUACUACAAGAGUUACUUUUGAAUCCUUAUCAUUAGGAGCAGAAGCAUUUCUUUAUGUUUUUUUGGGAUUCGCAAUGUGGAAUCAAACUACCUAUUACAGUCCACUCACACAAGACCUUUAUUACGUAGAAGUCUCAUGGGUCUUCACUCUUCUAUAACUAGGCAUAGUAAUUCUAGCUCGAUAUUUAAGCAUUUAUAUUGUAUACUGGAUUUCUAUAAUGAUUCAGGGACCUAAAGUAUGGAAACUAACUAAAUAUGAAAUGAGCAUUUGUUGUUUUGCUGGAAUGGUCAGAGGAAGCGUUGCCUUUGCUUUGAUUGAAACUCUUGUUGCCUCACCUACGGAUGGUAUAUAAAUUAACUAGAUUAAUAUACUAUAAAGUUGUGUACUCUAUAUCGUUGUCUUCACAACAGUGAUUUUUGGCACAGCCAUGCCUUUUUUCAUUAAUAUUUAAAUUAAGAAACAGUUAGAUGAGGAAGAACGUAAAUCAAUUAGCGAAGUUCCCACUCCUGUUCUUUCUGACUCUCCAAAAAAGAAAGAGUUAAGUGAAGCCUAGAAAAUAAUCAAGUAUAUGGAUGAGCACUAUUUCAAACGGUGGUUCAUAUAUGAUUACGAAAAUCGUAAAGAAAAGAUCACUCAAGAAAAAAAAUAAAUUAAAACUGAAACCUUAUAAGAAAUUUAUGAGAAAUCUUUCAGUGAGGCAAGUGAGGAUGAGUCAGUUAAGUAAAGAAAUGAAGAUUUCAUAUCUUUACCAACUAUAGAAGAAAAACCUACAUCUCCAUUAAUUGUUAAAAUGCAAGAAUUGUCAUAACAAAUUUGA